AUGACGGACUGGAGAGCGGAGGCGUCUCGGGUAAUCAAAGCCUUCGAUGACGCGCUUGGACGACCCCCCUUUCCGGUCGAAGCCUCACAUGACCUUGUCAGCAAGGCCCAAGCGGUACAAGCGACACUUGGCACCGUCGCCGCAGCCGGCAAGCUCAAAUCCCUUGAAGGGGUGAGGGAGGUGACGACAACGUUGCCCGUCCUCUGCGCCUCGCUCAAGGAGGGCACGCCGAACCACACACCAUGUCUGCGGCUUUACCGUCCACUGCUGCUGGCGGCUGCCCAAGCCAGUUCUCUAUCCACCUAUCCCAUCUCGUACCUUCUACGGGAUGCAGAGCAAGUGCUUGCUCCUCAAGCAGUGUCUUCACCGACCGGCUCAUCUGCGACGUGCACCCUCGCCAGCGCUUCGACGGCGCCGUCGAGGGAAGUCGACAGCCACGACGCAGAGGUGGAGAAGGAGGUGACGCUCUUUACAUUCAUGGCGCUCACACACACCUUGACGCCGGCCUACAUGCGCCGAUUUCUUCGUUUAGGGGGGCCUGGGCCCAGCACUGCGGGAAAUGGUGCGAAUAGCAAAGGUGGAAAAGGCAAAGGAGGCGCAUCACACGCCGGCGAUACGGGCAACGAGACACGUUAUUCUUCUCCAUCUACCGCCACGGGUGGCGCCAAUCGGGCAGGUGAAGUUGGUGGUAGCCACUCCGCUGUGUCGUGUGCCCUCUUGCACUCCAUGAUUGAGGCUCCGCUUUCCGAGGAGUGUCGUGCCGUUUUUGAGUCCUUCGUCGAUAGCACACCCAAAUUUCUCGCCUGCGUCGCUGGAGACGGAGACCUGGCGCGGCGCAUCUUGGAUGUGUACGCUGGCCACCUCGUUCCGAAGCUGAAGCCGUCUUCGCUGCUCCCCUGCCUCGACGCACCGCUGCUGGACUACUACGUAGACGUUGUCGCAGCCUCGCAGCGCGCAGGGCACACUACCUUGCUCUCUAGUCACGAGCUUCGUGACAUGGCACUUCGUGCGUGGGACGCAGCGCGCCUCCGCCGACUUGGCUGCGCGGCAAUGUCGCGGCCUAUCGGCACCGAGAACGCCAUGGCGAGUUUGCUGGUGUACGUAUUUCUGUACCGCAUCUACUGCGACCUCCGAACGGACAAAACCCUGACGACUCCCCCUCCGUCUCCGCCCGAUAUUGCAGAGACGGCGCCAAGCCUGUCGGCUACGGAAUCGCACUUGAUCGCUGCCGUCUGCAAGGCAAGUAGGGCGGUCUUUCUGGCUGACAGAGCACCGGCGUCGUGCGCGUCUGUGUCCUUGGCGUAUGUGCAGUCCGAGUCGGGUGUUCUCCUGGUGGAAGGGAGCGCUGUACCGCUGGCGCUGGAACCUCUGCAGGUCUUUGGGGAUCUCCUGCUGGCUCGACCGGCCGCAGUGGCGCUCUGGCGGGGAGGACUGAUGCGCCAGGUGGAGUGGGGAGCGGAAGACGCGGCUUUGAUGAUGGCGACAGCCACAGCGUCGGCAUCAUUGGUGGAGACCAACGUCGUCAGCGUCCUGGAAGGUGUCCUACGGGGCACCCCGAGACUAGAUCACGGUGUGCGGCCAUCCCCGAAGCAAGAACAGGAGCCCGCGAGGGGUGGCACUGCCAAGUUCAAGCGAAAGCAGAAGAGCGCCACCAGUCGAAGCGGCAAAAACUCUCAUAACGAUGCCGCAUCGAGCCCACUGAAUGGAGGGAGACCGAGUGAUGCAGCGGCAGCAGCACUCCCAGCGCCUAUUCCUCUUGCGGUGCUGCUCUCUGGCUGCUGUACCUGUCUUCUCUUGACAGCGCUGCUGCGUGCUGGCGCAGAGGCGUCACGCGGUGAGGGCGGGAGUUCCGUGGACAGUGUGUGCUAUCAAGGCGGGCGCGUGCUUGACUGCGUCGUUCGUGCGUACUCCUAUCUCUUGCAGCACCAGUUGCAGCGCCUCAGCGGCGCCCUGUGGCACAACUUCAGCGUCUUCGCAUGCUUUGUGUGGCAGUGUGCAAUGACAGCAUCGUGCAGAGACACUGAAGGCGGUGACGUGGGGUACCUUUCGUCUAUGAGGACGCUUCUGAGUGCACCGUCGACGAUAGCGGUGUUGACCGCUCUCACACAGGACACGGGCAGCAUGUUGUGGCUGUCGCCCUUCUUGCUGCCUUCGUAUUCCUCUCUCCCAUCCACGUCGAGUGCGGCUGCGGAGAUGCUGUCGCAGGUGCUGUGGGGCUCUCCCACCAGCGCGCUGUGGAUAGCUGUGGUGCGUGCCGCUGCAAAUGGAGAAGUCGUGGGAGCAGGAGGGAAGGCAGCCGGGCAAGCAAUCAAGACCAGUUCUUCAAUGCUGAAGCAGCAGUUGCACCCAAUCCCUGCCGCCUUUCUGCUCGGUCUGCUGUGCAGGCGGUGGAGCCACGCCGUUCUUGCCGACGUAGCGGAGUGCGUUGCUGCUAUCACGGUUGGCGCUGGCGACGGCACAGCGCUGGUGGCCAGCCUGAUCCGCAUGCGCACAUCAGACGCAUGUGCCGGUAAGGUAGCGCUGCCGCCAACGUGCGGACUUGCACUUGAGCAUGCGCCAGCAUCCGCUUCCCAGCACGGGCUUCAGCGUUUGCUGGACGAGGUGGGAAGGUUGCAGGUCAAGCACCUCGCCACAGCGAACUCGGCACGGCAGGAGGCGCACGAAGAGGAUCGCCAACGGAUGCAGGAACAGCUGCAGAGCAUUCGCGCGCUAGCUGCAGCUCACCGCGCUUUCUGCAAUGCAGCAGAGGCGAAGCGCGCUGCGAGGACUGCCGAGCAGCAGCGUGUGCAAGAGGAGCUCCAACGCCGCCGCGCCGCCCAUGUCGCUCGCCUUCGUGACGAUGCAGCGGCACUGGAGCGAAAGCGGGAGGUUGCACUCGAAACACUGCGGCGCAAAGCAAUGCAGAGCCGUGUAGACGCUGAAGCAGCUCGUCAGCAUCGCUUCGACUCCUAUCGGCGCCGUCUGGAGAGCGAAUACCGCGUAUCGACUUUCUUGGAGCACCUGCAACUGUCCUCGGCCCGCGUGAUGGAGGUGCGGGAGGCGCUGCGGACUGUCCUGGACAGCAUCACCCCGGAUGACCUUCUCGAGUAUUUAGUCUCUGGAAAGGCAAAGGUGCCUGCGGACAUGCUCGACGAAGAUGACGAUGCUAAUCCUGCCGGUGAGGUUGAGGCCAGUGGCGCAAAUGUGAACAAGAGCAGCGCCGAAAGCGCUCAGCGAACGGCAGAGCGUAAAGCACCAGCGUGUGCGUCACCACGUCCCCAAGCCACCGGAGAGCGGCGCGAUUUCUGGGCAGAUGUUAUGGACGGGGCAUCGCUCAACAGAGGGACUGUCUCACCAGACGAUGAAGAAAACAGCCAUCAUCGAAUUGAUGAGGCCGCUCCAGCACCGGCGAUGACAACGGCGGAUGCUAAUGUGGCUCCCGCACGUGACAAGCGCUCUUUUCACGCUCGCAUCGCGCCGCUCAUGGAUCUCUUCUGCUACGAUGACGGGGACGAGUUUGGUCGUGUCCCCAAUAUGCUCCCGAUCCUUCGCCUGCGUGUGGCGUCUCGUGUGUGGCCGGCGCCGCAGGUGCAGUCGCUUGGCUUCACUGAUGUGCGCGAGGCUUUCGAGCGGAUGAGAGACCGUGGCCUUGUUCGCAUUCAAGACGACGUGGCGCAGCUCACCGUUCUCGGUUUUCGCUACCACUACCCGUUUCAUGACCCGGAGGGGAUGCUGGAGGUACACUUACGCGAGGCACGAGAGCGUGUACGGACGUUGGUCGAGGCACGGAAAGGCCGGCUACGCGACAAUACGGCCGGCGAUGAAGGCAGCGAGGGUGACGAGGCCAUGAUCGCCGAAGAGGAAGAGGAGGACGAGGAAGAUGAGACGAGUGUGCACCCUAGCGAGGACCGACUUCUGCCAGAUGUGGAGUUCGGUAUUUAA